AUGGCGGCCUGUGGGCCGUCUGACAAGCUUCCGGACAGUGGGACUUCAGUUUUGAGGUCCUUUGCAUCAGUACUAGCAGAUGGUACGAAACAAACUGAUGCCUUAGCCUUGGGAGAGGUCUCAACCUUUAGAGGAGAGCCAGCCUUGCGCAUCUCUCGCAGGGAAAUAGAGCAGCUUUCUGUUCCAUUUCAGAACUCUUUGAAACAUGUUCUGAUCCGUCCGGUGUUGGAGGAAGACUACACCCGUCUUUUUGCACGUAGAAUCUGGUAUGUUAGCAGCUCGCCAAUGUCAAUUUCCAAGUGGUCGCUAGAGUUCAAGGCAGACCAGGAAUUAUCGAUAGCUCCAAUUUGGGUUUGUUUCCCAGAGUUGCCAAUUCCAUUUUUUCAGCAGACCCAAUUAUUCAAGCUUGCGUCUACUUUGGGAAGGCCUCUUAAGAUUGAUGCAUCAACUAGUGACAUGCGUCGUCCUUCUGUAGCCAGAGUUUUGGUGGAGCUUAACUUUGCAUCUAAUCCUGUGCGGCGUAUUUGGAUAGGUGAUGAGAACUUCGGGUUCUGGCAGCCUGUUGAGAUGGAAACGUGGCCAUCUUACUAUGGGUUUUCCAGUAGGUUUGGCCCUGCAGAGGAGCAAUGCUUUCAUAAAAAUCCUUUCUUGCGAUCUGAUCCGCCAAUUCACAAAGUCCCUUCUAAAACACAGAAACAGCGCCAAAUCUAUGUUCCAAAAGUAGUGAAUGAGAAGGAGAAGGAGUUGGAGGUGACGACAGUCCAGAGCAAACCGGCCGCAGAUGUCAACAAGGAACAAGGAAUGUCUGCUGCUCAUGCUCAGACAAUUCCGGAGGCUGCCACUUUAGGGAAUAAUUCGCAGUUUGUUUUGGAUAGUAUUAAUCCUGAUGAUUUUCAAUUGAAUAUUGGGCAAAAUCAUAAGGGAAAAGCUGCAAAGUCUGUUAUUGUCACAGAUCGGGUUGUGGUGCCGGAGCAUGGAACAGAUGUUGGGCUGCAGACUUCGACUUCGAAUCCACUUGAGGAUGGGGAAUUCACUGAUCCGGAGUCUGAGAAUGACCAUUCCAUUCAACCAGCUAAUGGCGCAUUCACAGAGGCUGCUUCGGAAGAGAAGGCGAUGGAGGUUGGCGACUCCUCAUAG